CGCGUCGUGCUCUCUUUUCGUGUUAUCCACCAACAUUAAUGAUAUCGCUAUCGGCAAUGCAACAACCUCACAGAUGGUCGCUUAUUCACCAGAAAUCGGGGACACUACCCCCACAACACCAACACUAUUACGAUGAUUUUAGGUCUGAGGACGAAAUCGACUCCUCCCCAUCUCCGCCGGGACGCAUCAACGACCGUGCUCGUGCCUUUGCAAGUCAUCCACCAGCUAGCCAUGUAUAUCAUGCUGUCCAACCACAUCAGGAAGACUAUGAAAGUUUUACAUCCGAAUACACCCCAAGCCCCGCCGAUUACAAUGGCGUGCAGGCACAGAGUCAGGCCCACUAUGAUACUCCACAGAGAAAUCACCGCCCGCACCAGUAUUCUGGAGAAAAUCACUUUGGAAACUGGAAUCAAACCACAAACAACCUCAGGUCUAAUUACGACACUGUAUAUAAUCAUAAGCCAGUUGGACGGACACAACAGAAACCCCAACCAGUGCGGUUGCGCCCUGUUUCCGAGCUCCCGGAUAUGUUUCGCAGUGUGUUCAAAUUUGGUGUUUUCAACGCUAUUCAGUCAAUUUGCUUUGAUGCAGUACUCCACUCGAAUGAGAAUAUGGUUAUCAGCGCGCCCACCGGAAGUGGCAAGACUGUUCUUUUUGAACUGGGUAUCAUCCGCAUGAUCACCGACCAUUCGAGCACAAGUCAAGUAGCCAAAUGCGUCUAUGUUGCCCCAACUAAGGCCCUCUGUACGGAAAAAUACAAGGAAUGGACCUCCAAAUUCGGCAGUCUCGGGAUACACACUUGCGAGCUCACGGGUGACACUGUGGUUUUCGACAAGGGCGUAUGGGGUGACGCUAAGAACGCUAGAAUCAUUGUUACCACGGCCGAGAAGUGGGACAGUCUCACUAGGAAUUGGGAUGACCAUAGUCGAAUAUUAUCUCAGAUCAGACUUUUUCUUCUAGACGAGGUUCACAUUCUCAACGAAUCUCGCGGCAGCACGCUAGAAGUAGUCGUCUCUCGUAUGAAGGCAAGAGGAUCCGAUGUUAGGUUCCUUCUCGUAUCUGCAACAGUCCCAAACAUUGAAGAUGUUGCGAGCUGGAUUGGGAGCAAUCAUGGGUCUAGCGACCAUCCCGGUCAAAUAUUUCAGUUUGGCGACGAAUAUCGACCCUGUAGACUUAGUCGGUUUGUUUAUGGCGUUGACAAGCCGAGAGGUCAGAAUGACUUUGCAUAUGCGCAUACCCUUGAUGCCCGCCUAUUCGCCGUUUUACAACAACACGCCAUUGACAAACCAAUUCUCGUCUUCUGUCCGACAAGAAAAGGAACCAUCACAACCGCCAGGCAAUUAGCUAAACAAUAUGAAGAAAGCAUGAAGACGAACCAGCUGCUCCCGUGGAGCAGGCCUUCGCACAUGGAUCAGACAUUUCAUGACAAAGAUCUCGCUUCUCUGGCUGCUUUGGGAAUUGGCGUGCAUCAUGCUGGACUCACUAUUGACGACAGGAAGACCAUCGAAGACCUGUAUCUGCGUAAAGUUCUACGAGUUCUUCUGGCUACGUCGACUUUAGCGGUUGGAGUCAACUUGCCCGCCCAUCUGGUCGUCAUAAAGGGCGUCAAAUUAUAUCAGAACGGCGAAUCUAAAGAGUACUCGGAUCUUGACAUAAUGCAGAUGAUGGGACGAGCGGGUCGCCCACAAUUUGACACUGAAGGAGUCGCUAUCAUCUUAUGUGAAACUGAACUCGAGAGUAAAUAUCGCGAUCUUGUUCAAGGGACGACACCUCUGGAGAGUAGUCUGCACACGAAUUUGACCGAGCACCUGAACUCUGAGAUUGGUUUGGGAACUAUCACCGACGUCAAGACAGCACAGGAGUGGCUUCUCCGCUCGUUCUUGUAUCGCCGAAUGCAAAAGAAUCCGCAGCACUAUGAUAUUGGAAAAGAUGACCACCAGUCUUGGCAGGACAAGGUGGACAGCAUUGUGAUGGACAGCAUCGAGCAGCUACGGGAAACCGAGUUGGUCACCUAUUCGCCGCGCGAUGGAGAGCUGAGUUCUACUGAAUUCGGCGAUAUUAUGAGCAAGUUUUACAUCCGUCGUGGGACGAUGAAGGCAAUCUUGGACCUUUCUCCAACUGCAUCAAUACGCGAGAUUCUUGAGAUUAUAUCCGCUUCAGAGGAAUUGUCCGACCUCAAAUUGCGAAGCGGCGAAAAGCAGAUAUACGAGAAAAUUAGGCGUCAUGAUGACAUUCGGUUCGCGGUUAAAAAAGUUCAAGGCACGAGUGACAAAGUGUUCUUGCUUAUGCAGGCAGUUUUAGGUGGUUUGCCCUUGAAUAGUGCCGAAUACAGGAGCGGAGAAAGUCAACCAUGUCUUGAAGCACUCUCCGUUUUUCGUCACGUUACCCGGAUUGCUACAGCGGUUACGGAAGUCGCCAUCAUAAAGAAAAAUGGAGCGCAAGUUAAGCACGGACUGGAAAUAGCGCGUUGUCUUCGUGCCAAAGCAUGGGAAGAUAGACCGAUUGUCCUGAGACAACUAGAACAUAUCGGUGAAAAAUCAAUCAAGAUAUUGGCCGAGAAUCAUAUCUCCUCGAUUCCGAAGCUACUUAGUACCAGCCCAUUGAGACUCGAAGAGCUCCUGAACCGCAGAUCUCCCUUUGGGUCUGAAGUUUUGGUGGCUGCUAACGAGCUACCGAAGUAUAUCCUCGCCCUGACGGAAGUCAAGGUUUCGCCUAGCGAUGGGAAAUCGCCAGUGGAUGUCGAACUCUCUGUUGAAUGUGGCCUCCUCUUGGACAAGAAAGCUUCUACUGGAUCCAAGAAACAGAAGAGGGGCGGUUUUGAUAUGACGACUCUUCUUACGAUUACCUCCGACUUCGUUUUCAUCGACUUUCGACGUAUCUCGACGAAAUCGCUGAGGGAAAGGAAAUCUUUUGUGAUCCACGCGCAGCUUACCAGACCGAGUCAGACCAUUAGCGUUUCAAUUUCUUCAGAUAAGAUCGCUGGGGUCGCAGUAACUGAAUGCUUCAAGCCUUCCUUACCCACAAACAAGUACCCAACCCUUGAUACUCGCCCAUUGACUUCUUUGGAAAUGGACCUGGAAGGGCUCGAAGAUGUUGCCGACUUCUGGGAUAUGGGACCUGACGACGACGACGAGCUGAAUAUCCCAGUAAAGGAUCUCACUCGAUCCCGUAGCCCGCUUCAAAGCACCACAUCAGCACAAAAGAAUGCCAACCCUCACAAAAAGAAGACAGUCUCACACCCUGCAGUGAAUGGGGAGAGUUCAAGAAUGGUCAAUACGCCCAUGGGGGACACACAGCCUAAAAAACGCUCGGACGGGAAAUACGACUGUAAUCAUACCUGCAAGGACAAAUCUGCUUGCCGUCACUUUUGUUGCCGUGACGGACUCACGGAACCUUCUCGUGUCCCAAGAAAGAACGCAAAGCCCGUCCAUUUGCCGAGUUUUAAGAAAGCUGACGACUCAUCAUCUACUGAUUCCAAAAGUCGAGUUACCGUACCGCUUGGCGCCGUCCCAAUCCCCAAUCGACAAAAGACAGCCAAGUGCAACCCAGCUAUUGAGCAGCUUGACUCCCUUCAUAAAGGUGCUGAUGUCAAUCGAAGGCUGGGGCUCCCUGAAGGUCAACGGCUGAAAUUGGAUGCCCCAACGCAUUCGUCAAGCAAACGCAAACCAGCCCCGAAUUUUGAUAUCGAGCUCGCUACCUUGAAGUGUUCACAGUCGCCCUCCUCCAAGGACAUACUUAGCGACUCGCAAUCAGAUGACGACCUUGCGAAUAUUUACGAGCUUCUCGGCGAAGGGAAGCAUAUUCGUUCGAAGGACUACUCAAAGGGCUACUCAAAUUCAGAGCUUGAGCUGGUUCGAGAUGACUUCAACGACACCGCGAUGGGCGGUGCUCUCUCCCUGACACCCUCUCCCACUCGCAAACGGGCAUGCGACUCUCUACCUCCCAAUAGCUCGCCCCCUCGGAAACGUCUAAAGAGCAGUAACACGCCUUACAGGCCUUAUUCACCAAGACGGGAAUUAGCGAAUGACGGUCGUGAUCAGAAACGCUUCAAAGCUGGCCUCAAGCUCUUCGGCUCCCCUUCCAACCUACUGACUGCAAGGGAGGGCGAGACUCCUGCGCAGUCCACAAAUCGCCAGUCGCUCUUUCUUGCAGAAUCCUCCGAUGUUGACGUUGACAUCCAUUCACUGUCCAAGGACCCCCAGCAACAGCCUUCCGAUGACUUCUUCUUUGACGAGUCCUACUUUGACAUCCUGCCGGAGCCUCAACACACAGUAGAAUCUUCUUUCCGUGAGGAUGGAGAGAAGACUAUUGCAGAUAUUCAAGCCACAGGAAUCGCACGUUCUGGCGUGGAACUUCAGGCUACAUCGCAACGUCUCCAAAGGCUUCCGCUUCCUAGUAAAUCCCAGCUACAAUUUACAGUACCCGUCAACAUCACCAACCAGCCUUACUCUCCUCCAGUCUCCUUCAAGCGGACCUCAAACCCUGCUUUCGAGCAUCAGCAAAUGAACCAAGAGAUGAAAACCGAUAACAAAGCGGCUGAUGUCGAUGUCCUUGCCGAAUUUGAAAGCUGGUUGGAAAGUGGUGCAGUUGACAUUGUGUGA